GAGACUGAAACCCAAACCCAGUGACAUGUCAGACUUGGUGAACUAUUCUAAGCAUCAGUUGCUGACGCCGAGAUGAGGGGUGGGGGUUUCUGGGGGCACAUAUGCGCCUCCAUAAGAAAUCCCAAUUGGAGUUGACGGCCGCUACCAGCACCAUCUGACACGCACCGCCUUAAUGUUGGGAAAUGAAGCCGUUUAAAGCACCGGUAUAAAAUCCCACACGUGCGAGUCUGGUCAGAUCCGUUUGUGGAUGAGUGUUUUUAAUGCGCCAGAGGGUCGAGAUGUAAAAAGUUGCCGUCCAGCGGGUGAGGUUUAGUGUGAAGGCAGAUCGCUAGGAGCUGUAGUGACCUUGGGACUGCUUGCUGAGGGCAGGACAGAAUUCCUGAAGGGACACAUGGUCUAGAGUGACAAGGCCAUCUGCUGUAGCGCCAGCAGUAGGAGGAAGGUGGAGGGGGUGCUGAGAUUCCUUUCGCUGGGGUGUGGAGGGAGUAGAUAUUCUGGGAUAUCACUGCUAGCACUCCACUGGGAAACGUGUUUCUUUGGAGUUUUUCAAACGGAAAUCCGACGCAGACUUUUUGAACACUUGAUGUUUCCUUUCCAUCUCAGCACAGUCGGAGCUGAGAGAGCAGGACCCGGUAGGCCUCCUGGCACCGUCCUCUUGCAGGAUCAUCUUCAAGGAAUCUUCGUUGGAGUUGUACUGUGCAUGGCAAGGAUCUACUUUCUUGCUGCCUCACUGAAAUUGCAUGGCCUAAACGAAUGAAUAUUUUUAUGAGGCGCCUUGCACCAGAGAUGGGCCAGGACCAAACCAAGCAGCAGAUAGAGAAGGGCCUGAAGCUGUAUCAGUCCAACCAGACAGACAAAGCCCUGCAUGUGUGGACAAAAGUGCUGGAGAAGACCUCAGAUCCUGGAGGGAAGUUUCGGGUGCUGGGGUGCCUGAUCACAGCUCACUCCGAGAUGGGAAAAUAUAAAGAUAUGCUCAAGUAUGCCCUCGAUCAAAUCGACACUGCCAGAGAAAUGGAGGACCCGGACUACCUGACGGAGGGCUACCUCAAUCUGGCCCGCAGCAACGAGAAGCUGUGCGACUUCCAGAAAACCGUCUCGUACUGUAAGACCUGCUUAAACAUGCAGGGCACCACUGUCAGUCUGCAGCUCAACGGACAGGUGUGUCUGAGCAUGGGCAACGCCUUCCUGGGCCUCAGUGUCUUCCAGAAAGCUCUGGAGAGCUACGAGAAGGCCCUGCGCUACGCACACAACAAUGACGACAAGAUGCUGGAAUGCAGGGUCUGCUGCAGUCUGGGAAACAUCUACGUCCAUCUGAAGGACUAUGAGAAAGCCCUCUUCUUCCCCUGCAAAGCAGCUGAGCUGGUCAAUGACUACGGCAAGGGUUGGAGCCUCAAGUAUCGAGCCAUGAGCCAGUACCACAUGUCUGUCGCCUACAGGAAACUGGAGCGCCUGCCAGAUGCCAUGGAGUGCUGUGAGGAAUCUAUGAAGAUUGCUCUGCAGCACGGCGACCGUCCUCUGCAGGCUCUGUGCUUAGUGAACUUUGCAGACAUACACCGCUGCAGGCAGGACUCUGAUAAAGCAUUCCCUCGCUACGAGUCUGCCCUGGGUAUCAUGACUGAGAUCGGAAACCGUCUGGGACAAGCACAAGUUUAUCUGGGCGUCGCAAAGUGUUGGCUUCUGCAGAAAGAAUUUGACAAGGCUCUUGAUUCUUUGCAGCGAUCUCAGGAGUUAGCAGACGGAAUGGGAAACAAGCUGUGCACACUGAAGGUUCACUGCCUGAGCGAGGGGAUUUAUCGGAGCCGGGGGCAGGAGGAGAAGCUCAGGGAGCAGGUGGUGAAGUUCCUGCAGUGCGUCGAGGAGCUGGAGCUCUACUGUGGCAUGUGUGGAGAGUCCAUCGGGGACAGGGACCAAAAGCUGCAGUCCUUGCCCUGUUCCCACAUUUUCCAUCUCAAGUGUCUGCAGACAAACGGAACGAAAGGUUGUCCUAAAUGUUUCAAGUCGUCCAUGAAGCCUGGAUUUGUUUGAUUGGUGCAACGUGUUUGUGCGUUGGAUCUGCCGACACAGCGUGAGGCCUCGCAGGCUCCUGACUGAUCUGAGAGAAGCAGGCAGCCUCGGGAUGUGCUGAAGAUGUUCGAGGAGUAAUGACGAUUUACUGCUCUGAUGCUGAACUGAACCCAGGGCGUCCCGGAGUGCAGCUCUGAGGUCACGAUCCAGGCGUCCAUCUUACGUGCAGACGUCAGUCUGUGAGAGGCGGAAGCUGAGAGUUAUAUUUCAAUAUAUAAGCAGAGGAAGAAAGAACCUAAACUACCACAUUGUUUCUGAUGACUGAACAUUUGGAGCAUUUGUCCAAAGAGCAUUUAUAACUUAGUGUAUUUGCUAUUUUAUGUAUUAGAUUUGUUUAUGAAAAAGUGAGAUAAAAAGAUCUUUGGAGGAAUUCAGUGAAAUCUCAGUUAUCUUUGUCGCAGGGUUUCCUUUCAUUUUUUUCUUUACACAACAGAUUUGUUUUUUAUCCAGAACACAGAGACAUGACUGAUUUCAUACUUGUUAUAUUUAUUAUCGUAUUCGUGUACAUACUCUUUUGUAGUACAUCUCUUUGUAGUAUAUUUUGUCUGUAAAAAUCUCUCGUUUGAUUUAUUUGAGGUGUUUUGUAAAACCCACAGCUAACUAAAAUCUCUUAACCAUUCAAAAACUAGUAUGUCUUUACGAAACGUGUCCAUGCAGCUGUUUUUUGUUUUGUUUUCCCUUCUUCACAAAGAGUGAGGAGCAAGAUCAACACACAUUGUGUUCAAUGAAAUUCCUUUUCUGGAAACUAACUAAUCAACUCUUAACUCUCACAUCAACUGUCAUAGUUUAAGGAGAAGUACUGUUGAGAAGGAAACCUCUAAAUAACCGAUUAUUCAGAGGAGUUACUGUUGUAAUGGUGUGUUUUCAUAUUUGUAGUCGUAUGUAAAUAUGAAUAAUAAGUCAACAGAUCUCCGUCGUCACAUCGAGAUCAUUUUCUUGGCAUUUUGUGAUUUUGAGGGCGAAAGCCAAAAAGCUGAGCUAUUGUGUUAAAAUGUGGCAUGUGAUAUUUACAGCGCCGAGCAACAAGGUUGGAUUAUAUAUCGAUCCCAUCCUGUAUCCAUGUAACUGUAUUUAUGUAACUGUUUGUCAUAGUAUUUCAUAAUAUUCAGUGGCUUUAUCCUCAAUAUUCCUUUGUUUAUUUUAAACAUUUUGUGAUUUGGUUAAAAAGACGAAAUCACCGUUGCUUAAUCAAGGUUCUUCAUAUACAAAAGGUUUUCUUCAAAAAGUGACUUAUUUAAUCAGAGAGUUCAUGAUACAAAAUUUCUUUACAGGACUCUUAUAAAGCAUGAAAUAUAAAAAUGCAUUAAUGUAGGAACAAAAAUAAUUUAAACAAACUAUUAACCUUUUUUGACAAAUUUAUUUGAUCAGGCAAAGUUGAGAAAAUCAAAACUUUAGCUUCAAAAUUGUACACGUACUGUUUUCUCUCUUCCAUCAUGUGAGUCGGUCCACAGCUUUAGAGAGAGAGAGAGAGAGAGAGACACAUUUACCUUUACUGCACGAGCACUUACGUUUCUCCCGGUACGAACACAGGAGCAGCGCCUGGUUCUCUGUUCUGGGGUCAGUGCAUCCGGGUACUGCGACUGUGUGUUUACCUGUCAGUGUAACACGCGGCGACUUUCUUUUCACUGUUUGUUCUUGAGGUGCUGAAACGAUUUUUUUUUCCAACAGCACAGCCGCUCAUCUUUUAACAGUUUAAACUACCUCUGUUUUUAAACUCCUCCUCAGAGGACUAAUGCAGUAAUAACUCAGUUUAAUACAUGUAGAAUUGUUGUUGUUGUUUUUUCUAGACACCAUGUAGCUGAUUUCCAUGAUUUAGAGUCUUGACUAAAAUGCAUUUGUUAAUAUAUUUAUGCAUCGAGUCAAACCAUGUUAAUCCAUGUGUCGGAUGUGGAGACAUUUCAAUAUGGGAAAUAAAGUAAAAGUGAAUUUAA